AGCAGAGUGGGGCAUUGAGCAGGCGUGCUUCUUUUCCUCAGCUCGGAUGUCUCCUCUUCUUCUCAGCAGGAGCAUGUUGUGAUAGAAACAUUUGUCGUCGAAUUCAAAAUGCCGAAGCAGUAGCAUAUCUUACAUUUGGGAGAAUGGCAGAGAGAAAGGGAAAAAUUGCAACUCCUGCGAAAAUACUGUCCAAGAAGGAACAACAGGAGCUAAAAAAAAAGGAGGAGGAAAAGGCAGCAGAGGUUUUUGAGGAGUUUUUGGCAACAUUUGAACCGAGUAACAAAAGUGGAGUAAAGACUUUUGUCCACGGUGGUACUGUAAAUCCAGCUAAAGGAGGAGAAGAGGCCAAAGUAGAACGACUUUAUCGACCCACAUCAAGAUUUGCACCUCCACCACAAUAUGCUACACCACUACCACCUGCAGAGAGUAAAAAGCCUAUAUUCAAAAAGAAGACUGAAGAAAAGAAGAAAAGUAAUCUAGAACUCUUCAAGGAAGAACUUAAAAUAAUACAGGAAGAGCGUGAAGAAAGACAUAAACGAAGGGGAGACCCAGGAGGAGGGCAAGGAGGAGAUGUUCCAGUACCAUUUACAGCUCGAGCAACUGCAUUAUAUGAUGAUCCAACGGCACCUAUUAGCACUAACCUCUACAUCAGUGCCAUAAGCCCAAAGAUGAACGAGGAGUUGCUCUGUAAAGAGUUUGGCAAAUAUGGACCUCUGGCCAGUGUGAAGAUCAUGUGGCCCAGAAAUGAUGAGGAGCGCAACAGAACGUCUAAUCGAGCAUUUGUGGCCUUUAUGACUCGAAAAGAUGCAGAGAGAGCUUUGGCUGCACUUGAAGGCAAAAUUAUUAUGGGUUUUGAAAUGAAGCUGGGAUGGGGUAGACCUGCUCGUAUCCCGCCUCAACCUCUGUACACACCAAUGGGAGUAAGGGCAAUACCUCCCCCACCUCCUUCUGGCCUUCCCUUCAACGCACAGCCAAGGGACCGCUUCCGCAAUGACUUCACCAAACCACUUGGAGGGUCAAAGGCUGAAUUUGAAAAGAGUUUGUCAGAAGCCAUUGUGAAAGUGGUUAUCCCAACUGACAGAAAUCUUUUAUUAUUAAUCCAUCGAAUGAUAGAGUUUGUAGUCCGUGAAGGCCCUAUGUUUGAAGCCAUAAUAAUGAACAGGGAGAAAAACAAUCCCAAAUAUAGAUUUCUUUUUGACAACAAAAGCCAAGAUCAUGUGUACUACCGCUGGAGACUGUAUUCCAUCCUUCAUGGAGAUUCUCCUACUAAAUGGAGGACUGCUGAUUUCCGCUUGUUUCGUGGAGGUUCACUAUGGAGACCUCCGAUCCUCAAUGACUUCUCACAAAGAAUUGAUGAAAGACCAGAAAUAGAGGAUGUGGCUCCCCCAGAGGAGGAGGUGAAGAAAGGCCAGCUCAAAGCUGAACACAGACUGAGACUGGAGGCGCUGCUAAAAGAACUCACCCCUCGAAGGGACGAUGUUGGCGAUGCCAUGGUGUUCUGUCUGCAGAGAGCGGAGGCUGCAGAGGAGGUAGUGGGUCUCAUUGCAGAAUCUUUAUCAAUGCUUCAGACGCCUCUUCAAAAAAAGAUUGCUCGAUUAUAUCUUGUGUCAGACCUAUUACACAACUCCUGUGCCAAAGUAGCUGGUGCAUCAUAUUAUCGUAAAUAUUUUGAAUCAAAGCUAAUCCAGAUAUGUGGAGAUCUCUGUGCAUCACACAAGAAUAUACAAGCAAGGCUGCAGGCGGAACAGUUUAAGCAAAAAGUGAUGAAUUGUUUCAGAGCCUGGGAGGAGUGGGCAAUAUACCCAGAGCAAUAUUUAAUCUAUCUACAAAAUAUAUUUUUGGGCUUCACUAAACCAGAAGAGGAGGUCAUAGAAACACCAAAAGAGGCUCCCUGUGAUCUGGAUGGGGCGCCCAUAGAUGGGUUACCGUUGAACAGAGCAGACGACCUGGAUGGCUGCCCGCUGGGCUGGGACCCUCUGGAUGGAGAGUCGGUUGAUGAUUUGGAUGGCGUUCCUUUAGGGGCCUCUAUUGAUGACAUUGAUGGGCUUCCCUUGGAGGAUGGUCCGCACAGCAGAGUGCCUUUAUCUAAAUGGGAGCAGAUGAGUGAUUCUGGGAUGUUUUCAUCAGUUAAGACUGCCUCAAAGUGGGACAAUGUGGAGGAGCAAGAAAGUGAUAAUGAAACCAGAAAAAAUAAUGGUGGUACAGAUGACUCGGACAGUGACAGCAGUGACUCCUGCUCUUCGUCCUCCAAAUAUGAAAGUGCAGACUUCCAGAGCUCUCUUAAAAGUUUCCAAAUGUCUGAAACCAAGAGGAAGAGAUUGAGGGAGUUGGAGGUGAAAGUUUUGAAGAUGCAGGAUGAACUGGAGUCAGGAAAGAGGCAGAGGAAGUCUGGGAUGAGCAUGCAUCAACAAGUGGAAUACUACAGGAACAAGCUGCUACAGAGGGAAUUUGACAAAGAAACUGUAAAUAGCAAAACAUCAACAUCAAAAGAGAAAUCUAAAGAUGACAGAAAGAGGGAGGACAGCAGUAGUAGACGAGGCAGAAGCAAGGAUUCAGAUGGGAGGAGAACAAAGUCCAGAUCAAGGUCGAGGUCCCCUAAACGUUCCAAACGCUCUCGAUCCUCAUCUCCAAAUCAGAGACGAGAGAGAUCCCGCUCUCGAUCACCACAUCGCUCACAUAAAAAAUCAAAGAAGAGUAAACAUUGACUUCCGUUCUAACAACCACACAGUGCUCCUCAAUAAGCAACCGCUACGUUACAUUGUUUUCCAGCACUAUUUUGUAUAAUGAAGUUUCAACAAUUCUCUAGAUUUCCGUUUUAAUGUUUGUUUUUUUUAGAGGGAUAAUCAGACAUGUUGCUGCAAAGCUGUGAAAGCUAAGAACAAAAACUACAGUAGUGAUGAAUGUAUGUCUAACAAAAGUAUGAUUGUGACAUUGAUGCAUUUUUAAGUAAAAUUAUGUAUUGAAA